AAAUAAUAAAUAACAUGUUACAACAUCAACAGCAAUCAUCACAAGUAUCUCAAGGUUACUAUGAUUAUAAUCAACCUAGUCCUGGGAGUAUGACCAAUGCGGAUUCGUUAAACACUACACCAUUUUCAGUUAAGGAUAUUUUAAAUAUGGUUAAUCAAAACGACGGCUACGAAUACGGCACUUUAGAAAGUACCUCUCAAGCUUUAACCUCGGCUUAUGCCACGGAGUAUGAUACACGUGUUUAUGAGGCUCAAAACUCCUUAACCAGCAUGGUAACACAUGGCCAUCAUAUUCCUCCCAAUGCAGCAGCCGCACAAUUCUAUCCAGCUUAUCAGGAUUAUACUCAUGUGCCAGCACCUCCUCAUCACCAUCAUGCCCACCAUCAUGCAGCAGCGGCAUCUACACCACCCACAACACAUCAAGCCUAUCAGGGCUACAAUGCCAGCCAUCAGUAUUACAUGCCCUCGACAGCCACAUAUCAGCCACCCGGUUAUCCAGCACAAACUGCCUCCACACAGUCACUUUACAACUAUGCCGCCGCCGGUUACGAUGCCUACAAUCCCAAUCCACCACAGCAGUGCCCUUCAUUGACUCACCCCACCACCUCUAACUCCGCCUCUACACACAUCGAUUUGACACAAGCGACAAGUGUUAAAAAUGAAUAUGUACCCACUCCCUAUGUAACACCCUCGCCCACUCUGGAUCUCAACAGUUCAACAGAGGUGGAUGUCAAUAAUACGCCCUCUUCGGCUCAAAAGAAAUCGCCCUUAAGCAAUCAAACCGCCAUGCACAGUUUAAUGGAAACUGCCAAUAAUUCCAAUUCAUUGAGGAAUAUUUCGACGGGCUUGACGACGGUCCAGCUGUAUGAACAAGGAUCUCUGUUAUCCAGGCAGCAGGAUAUCAACAAGAAAAAAGAUAUCUCCCUGGUAACAUCAUCAAAAUCUGAACUACGCAAAAAUGGUAAACCCCGCUCAAAACGUAAGCCCCGCGUUUUGUUCUCACAAGCUCAAGUUUUAGAGCUAGAGUGCAGAUUUCGCUUGAAAAAAUAUCUAACCGGAGCCGAACGUGAAGUUAUAGCACAGAAAUUAAAUCUCUCGCCGACACAAGUUAAAAUCUGGUUCCAAAACAGACGCUACAAAUCGAAGCGUGGCGAAAUCGAAGGCGAAGGACCAGCAGCAAUUAAAAUCAAAAGUGAAAUGAUGCCGCAAAAUGUAUCAAUUUGGAGUCAUGCAGCCCCUCCUUUGCCGCAUGCAGCCCAAAGUCAUUUAAUGCAAACGCAACAUCACCAACAGCAGCAGCAUCAUCACCAUGGUCAUCAUGGUCUUUUGGCCCAACAUCAGCAACUUUAA